AUGGUAUUUAUGAUCCGAUUUAAAGCGCAUUUGAUAAAUCUGAACAACACUGCCACAGAUAUUCAAGUUAUUGUCAGAAAUUCGCGACAGAAAAAGCUGCUGAGGAAGAAGAUACUCAAACCAGUAAGUUACAUCACGUGGAAAGCAAAUGAAGAUAAGCCGCCAUCGGUUGGAAGUGAUUGGGUUUACAUCGCCGAUUUGUACCCACUGAACGAAGAUGUUAUUUGGUGGCUCUCCCGACUGACGGAUCGCUUCGUUGCAGUCCUUCACAGCGAUUUGCUUGCAGCCAAGAUAAACAACCUAGCGCCGACGAACAUUAUCAUGCUCCGAUCGAACGUAGCACAGGUGAUUACGUCGAAGCUACGAGCAAAGAAGAACUCCUCCAUCGAGUCGUUUCGUAUUUCAGAAAAGGGCCUCUUUGUUGCCACAGAGAUGAAAGACAAAGAGCUCUUUUCUCAAGAGGAGAAUGAAUGCGUGGGACACGAUCAACUUGGACUCAGUUUCAACUUAUCGCUGACAAUGGACGAGAUCAAGCAGAGAGCUAAAGUGACACUACCACAUCAUGGAAGGAGAAAAGAAGGAAACAUACAGAUUGAUUCAGAGGACUCAGAUGACCCUGACGACGACCUUGAUAUUUGA